AUUGUAUAAUAUAUAUAUAUAAUAUUAACCAUGAAGAUUAGAGAUAUUUCUAAUUAGAGAUCUCUAAUCUUCAUGAUAUUAACAUUGUGCAGUCACAAGCAGCACACGAAAAGCGCCCUCUAUCUAUGACCGUUCUACAUGUACGAAAGGCCGUUAUUAGUUGGAUUACUCGAGCGACGAAGCUUCGGAUCUUUACUUGUUUUUAUAGUUUUAUUCGUUCGCCGCAUUGUUGGAUUAAUUUCGCGGACGCGUGUAGGAUUGGAGCCGUUUGCUAUUAACACACGAUGUCAUUUCACGACAGUAACAUGUCGCCAUCUUCGACGUUUUCAAUGGACGACGACGACAACAACAGUGUAAAAAUCGAAAACAAAGAUUUAACCGACUCCGAAGACGAAGGGAAAGAAAACCGUGAGAAACACACUGAAAUACAAGAACAAGUUUAUCAAGACAAAUUGGCCAGUAUCCAAAAGCAACUACAGCAGUUGCGUGAUGGGACGCACGUGGAAUAUGUAAAACAAUUGAAAAAAUUGGAUGCACAACAUAAAAAUGAACUAAUGAUGAACAAUUUGUGGCGUGACUGUUUACUUGAAGCUAUUGAAAGAGAAUUUAUUAGAGAACGACGCCUAGCUCACAAAGAGUUUGAAGACCGUAAUACUGAACUUACUGAUACUCUCAUAUCAGAAUUAAACGAGAGGAAAAAAGCUAUAGAACAUGAAAAUUCAAACGUGGAACUCUCUCCAGACUUAUCAGAUCAAAAACCUGCUAUGACAAGAAAACUUAGAAGAAGACCAAAUGAUCCAGUAGUGCCAGCACCCCAAGAAAAACGUCGCAAGCCACCCCCAGUAUCAAAUAUUUAUUAUAUGUUGCAAGAUCACGAGAUAGAACACGAUGUUAAGCUUAUUCAAGAGUCAUUGGCUUCAAUACCAUCUACUUCUACCACAACAACUCCUACAGUAAAAACACGUGAUACAAUUAAUUCUUCGUCUAUCAGGAAGCCUGGGUUUCUUCCAAGUACAAGUUCAUCAACUGCAGGUAAUAUGAGUCCUAAAAAAUGUCAGAAUUCAGACACUGAGGGAUCAUCAGCCAUACCAGAUACACGAAUUGAAGAUGGAAAACUACUAUUUGAAAAGAGAUGGUAUCAUCGAGGACAACCUGUUUUUGUCGAAGGAAGGCAAAUGGCAAAAUUUCCAGCUGUUAUAUCUGCCAUUGGCAAUGAAACUAUUUGGGUAAAGAAAACUUCAGACAACAGUAAAUUUCGUAUUAACUUGUCUUACCUAUCAAAAGGUAAAAUGUCUAUUAAACGUCGAGCUGCUGUUUAAACAACUUCUUAAUUUAUUCAAAUGUUAUGUUCUAUAUCUAUAUAUUUAUGUAUUUAUGCAUGAAGAUCAUUCAUUUUUAUAUUAAAA